UCCCCCGAAGAAACCGAAAAGUCGAUCUGCUUUUCACCCAUCCACCACCCACGCCACGAAAAUAGCAAUCUGCACAUCCGACAUAUUCAUUCCAGCAGCGAGGACGAGAGAAAAGAUCAUCGUGCAUAUUACAUCUUGCAAACCCAAAAAUGGCGGACUUGGACAAGGAACAGAUUGCGAUUUUGAAGAAGGCGUUCGACACCUUCGCCCAGGGAAAGGACUACAUUACUCCGGAUAUGGUUGCCUCCAUUUUCCGCAUGAUGGGUACCGCCUUUACCACCGAGACUUUGAAGGAAACCAUUUCCGAGAUUGAUGUCGACGGAUCUGGGCAAAUUGAGUUCGAAGAGUUUACCAUCCUCGCUGCUAAAUUCAUUAUUGAAGAGGACGACGAAGAUGUCCAGAAAGAGUUGAAGGAAGCGUUCCGUCUCUACGAUAAGGAUGGUGCCGGUUACAUUUCGACCUCCGUUUUGAAGCAAAUCCUUCACGAGAUUGAUGACACGUUGAGUGAGACGGAUUUGAACGGAAUUAUCGAAGAGAUCGAUGAGGAUGGCUCGGGAACGGUGGAUUUUGAUGAAUUUAUCGAGAUGAUGACCGGUUAAUGGAGAAGUACGAGCCUUGACCUCAACCAAAAAAUUCGACCUGCAUCCUACAUUGUUUUCGCCUAAAUGUUCUGUAGUAGUCAGACCGGAAAUGUGAAUCUGUCCUUUUUAUCCUGUCUCCUGCACCUUUAUUUCCACUUCAAAAAAUGACACAGUGUAGACAAAUCAAAGACAAAUUAGCGUAUAAUCUUAACCCGUUAACUAACCAAAAUAUGACCAUUUACAAAAUUACCUUUAAUUAUUUAACCGGUGGAAAUUCAUUCUUCAGAAAGAAAAGGGAGCAAACAUUCGUUUAUUUAAAUAGUUAUCUACUUAAUGAUGUUUAUUUUCUCGUGAAAAUUAAAUAUGUAAUUUACAUAAUAAUCUAAUAAUAUUUAUCAAUUUACAGUAUUAACGAGACUACUUCGGACUUAAUAAAAGUGACUACAAAUAAAUAAAA